AUGCCAGUCCGAGCUACGAUCGUUUCACUGGGGAUGGUCACGGCUGCGGUGCCUGUGAUCCUGGUCUCGUUGCUGGCACGCAGAACGAGAGGACUCGCGUCCGACGAAGUGGCCGAGAUCUCCUUCAAAGAAGAUCUCAAUCGAUCAUUGGCUCGAGGCCUCCUCUCCAUCCUCCCUCUCGAGACGAUCCGCCGAUUCUUCAAAGCACGGCCAGUCAAGUCCAUCAUGAUGUCCAGGCGGUUCAAACCUUUCAUGGAUCAGCUAUUUAUACGGGUAAACAGCGAGACAUGCAACGGAUAUUGGAUCUGCAAAGGCCCACCAGGAAAGCCGCUUGUACCAAAGGAGAGUGACGUCGUUCUUCUCUGGUUUCAUGGAGGCGGCUAUUGCUUCGGUGAUCCGUUGAGACCCGCCGUCAAUCUACUUCGAGUCGCAGAAAUUGCAGCCGCCCGAGGCAUUUCGAUGAGCAUAUUCUCGGUCGAGUAUACCCUGGCACCCGCCGCUACGUUUCCAAGUCAGCAACGCGAGGCGGUUGCAGCAUAUCAGUAUUUUCUCAAAGACGAGGGCAUCCCUGCGGAUAAAAUCAUCAUGGGAGGAGAGUCGGCUGGAGCCCAUUUGCUUCUUUCUUGUCUCAUGGGUCCGCCUGAUAGCUUACCAAGGCCCAAAGGUGCUUUGUUGCUCUACCCCUGGGUCAAUCUUACCAACCACUCACCUACAUUCGAGAGCAACCAGCACAAGGACGUGCUCAGCAAGCGGCUUCUUGACCGUUGCGUUGAGAGGGCUAUUGGAGAGCGAGGUCGUGUCGACGCGCUGAAUCUUGAGAAUCUUCUCAAGCAGUGGAAACCCGGGACUGAGAAGACCUGGAAGGGAAUCUUGCCAGCGUACACUUGGGUCCAUGUUGGCUCACAUGAUGUAUUUCUACACGAUGUUACGACCUUCGUUGAGAAUGCCCGAAAAGAUGGGGCGCGCGUGGACUUGGAUAUCGCCGAUAAACGGCCACAUGCCUGGAACUUUGCAGUGGACAGAGAUUGGGUGGAUUUGUACUGCGGACUAAGACCUCGUACCCUGGUGCCGGUUGGGAUGAUGCCUGGAAGUGCCGCUAUUGCGGAGGGGUUCUUUAGGGUUUUUCAUCAGGGGAUGUGA